AUGGACGUUUCCGAGACAGGAGGCGGCGUGUGUGGAGAUGUGGGAGAGCAGCGCAGCUCUAUUUAUGCUGCCCCAAGCUGGCGGGUCACCAUUCUCUCUCCCCAUACUCCACAUCUUCACCACAACGCCGGAGGAGAGGCGGGGGGGGGAGGAGUUUCCGAGGACUUACAAGAGAAUCCCAGUGAGGGGUAUCUGAGUCCCGAGUCGCACGUCGUGUAUCCGUAUCUGUCCAUGAUUACGAACGAGGAGAAGAGGCCAAAGCUGAACAACCAGGGGUCGUUUAUCGACGGCCAUCGCGCAUGUGGUCAAUGGAGACGGACUAUCGAGGGAGACACGAGACAUCCGCUGACACUGGACAGCGACCAUCAUCACAAGAGGAAGUUUCGAUUGCCGGAACUGGGGGAUUUGGGGGGCCAGUUGGAAGGUCGUCAGGUUGCAGGGCUCAAGAUCCAGCCCUGUACGACCGUAAACCGCAAGCAGCAGGUGAUUGUGCGUCUCGUCGCCUCGGCCAUUGAUUCCCUUCUUGGCAUUGUCCAGAUGCUGGCGUUGACGGCGGCGGGCCACUUUGCCCGAGAUAAAACCGACAUCUCGGACACCCCCCUUUCCUUGUACCCGAUUUGCUUCAACAUGGAUUGCCCUUCUUUUGCGCAUUGCGUUCCCCUUCCUCACGACUUGACUAUGUUCCGGUCUAUGACCACCCUUCUCGCAGCUUAA